AUGGGCUGCGCCCCCAGCAUCCACGUUUCGCAGAGCGGCGUGAUCUACUGUCGGGACUCGGACGAGUCCAACUCGCCCCACCACACCACCAGCGUGUCGCAGGGCCCCGAGCCUCCCGUGCCCGGCCUCUCGGGGCAGACCGACGCCGCCGCCGCCCUCCCCAGGAGCCGCGAGUCCGGGCCUCCCGGCGCCGCCCGGGUCCGCAGGGCUCGCGCCGAGCUGGGCAGCAGCAGCAGCAGCUCGGGCUCCGCAGCCCCCGCGGCGACCACCUGCCGGGGCCGGCGGCGCCACUGCUGCAGCAGCGCCGAGGCCGAGACCCAGACCACCUAUUCCAACCUCCAGCAGGUGUCUUCUGCGGAGGUACGCAUUGGGCCCAUGAGACUGACGCAGGAUCCAAUCCAGGUUUUACUGAUCUUUGCCAAGGAGGACAGUCAAAGUGAUGGAUUCUGGUGGGCCUGUGACAGAGCCGGCUUCAGAUGCAAUAUCGCCCGGACUCCAGAGUCAGCCCUUGAAUGCUUUCUGGAUAAACAUCAUGAAAUUAUUGUGAUCGAUCACAGACAUGCUCGGAACUUCAACGCAGAGGCUGUGUGCAGGUCGAUCCGAGCCACAAACCUCGCGGAGCACACGGUGAUCCUGGCGGUGGUUUCACAAGCAUCGGGCGACCACGAAGAGGCCUCCGUCCUCCCUCUUCUGCACGCAGGCUUCAGCAGGAGGUUUGUGGAGAACAGCAGCAUCAUCGCCUGCUACAACGAACUGAUCCAGAUCGAGCAUGGGGAGGUCCGCUCGCAGUUUAAGCUCCGGGCUUGUAAUUCAGUGUUUACAGCAUUAGACCACUGUCAUGAAGCCAUAGAAAUAACAAGCGAUGAGCAUGUGAUUCAGUACGUCAACCCAGCCUUCGAGAGGAUGAUGGGCUACCACAAGAGCGAGCUCCUCGGGAAAGAACUCGCCGAGCUGCCCAAAAGCGAUAAGAACCGGGCCGACCUCCUGGACACCAUCAACACCUGCAUCAGGAAGGGCAAGGAGUGGCAAGGGGUUUACUACGCCAAGCGGAAGUCCGGGGACAGCAUCCAGCAGCACGUGAAGAUCACCCCUGUGAUCGGCCAAGGAGGGAAAAUUAGGCAUUUUGUCUCCCUCAAGAAGCUGUGUUGUACCGCUGACAAUAAUAAGCAGAUUCACAAGAUUCAUCGAGAUUCAGGAGACAAUUCUCAGACAGAGUCUCAUUCAUUCAGAUACAAGAGCAGGAGGAGGGAGUCCAUUGAUGUGAAAUCAAUAUCAUCUCGAGGCAGUGACGCGCCAAGCCUGCAGAACCGUCGCUACCCAUCCAUGGCAAGGAUCCAUUCCAUGACCAUCGAGGCCCCCAUCACAAAGGUUAUAAAUAUAAUUAAUGCAGCCCAAGAAAACAGCCCUGUUACAGUAGCAGAAGCCUUGGACAGAGUUUUAGAAAUCUUACGGACCACUGAACUGUACUCCCCUCAGCUGGGCACCAAAGACGAAGAUCCUCACACCAGCGAUCUUGUUGGAGGCCUGAUGACUGAUGGCCUGAGAAGGUUGUCAGGAAACGAGUACGUGUUCACUAAGAAUGUGCACCAGAGUCACAGUCACCUUGCAAUGCCAAUAACCAUCAAUGAUGUCCCCCCGUGUAUCGCUCAAUUACUUGAUAAUGAGGAAAGUUGGGAGUUCAACAUCUUUGAGUUGGAAGCUGUUACACAUAAAAGGCCAUUGGUUUACCUGGGCUUAAAGGUCUUUUCCCGGUUUGGAGUGUGUGAAUUUUUACGCUGUUCUGAAACGACUCUUCGGGCUUGGCUCCAAGUGAUUGAAGCCAACUACCACUCCUCCAAUGCUUACCACAACUCCACCCAUGCCGCGGAUGUCCUGCACGCCACCGCCUUCUUCCUGGGAAAGGAGAGAGUGAAGGGAAGCCUGGACCAGCUGGAUGAGGUGGCAGCGCUGAUUGCUGCCACAGUCCAUGAUGUGGACCACCCAGGAAGAACCAACUCUUUCCUCUGCAACGCAGGCAGUGAACUUGCUGUGCUCUACAACGACACGGCCGUCUUGGAGAGCCACCACACGGCCCUGGCCUUCCAGCUGACGGUCAAGGACAGCAAAUGCAACAUUUUCAAGAACAUUGACAGGAACCAUUAUCGAACACUGCGCCAGGCUAUUAUUGACAUGGUUUUAGCAACCGAGAUGACAAAACACUUCGAACAUGUGAACAAGUUUGUGAACAGCAUCAACAAACCAAUGGCAGCUGAGGUUGAGGGCAGCGACUGUGAAUGUAACCCUAUUGGGAAGAACUUCCCUGAGAACCAAAUCCUGAUCAAGCGCAUGAUGAUUAAGUGUGCCGAUGUGGCCAACCCGUGCCGCCCCCUGGACCUGUGCAUCGAAUGGGCCGGGAGGAUCUCUGAGGAGUACUUCGCACAGACUGAUGAAGAGAAGAGACAGGGACUACCUGUGGUGAUGCCUGUGUUUGACCGGAAUACCUGUAGCAUUCCCAAGUCACAAAUUUCCUUCAUUGACUACUUCAUAACAGACAUGUUCGAUGCUUGGGAUGCCUUUGCACAUCUGCCAGCACUGAUGCAACAUUUGGCCAAUAACUACAAACACUGGAAGACAUUAGAUGACCUGAAGUGCAAAAGUCUGAGGCUUCCAUCUGACAGUUAA